AGCGAGAAGAGGGAGAAACGCACAUAUAGUAUAGUAGUAGGGAGAGAGCUGCGCCGCCCGCCGAGCCGAGCGAGGACGAGGACGGUAGUGUGGUGCGUGCGCGUCGUCGUGCAGCAGUAGUUUUCUCUCUCUGCAGCUCCUACAAGCUCAUCGCAUCGACUUACCCCGUCGCCGCCGCCGCCGCCGCCGCCGCGUGCAACGUUGUAUGACAAAAAGAAAAUAGCUCCAUCUCCAGCAGUGUCGGCGUGGCUCGGUUUCGCGUGAAAAAUCACUGUUAUAACCUCGAGAAGUGACGUUCGGUGUGCCCCCGUGUGUAUAGUAUAUACAUAUAUCUGUGUCUGUGUGCGCGCUGUACUAACUCGUAUACUACCUGCGUGCGGUGCGAGAGAGAGAGAGAGAGAGAAGAGAGAGAGAGUGAGAGGCUGCGAGGAGCUACUCCUCUCCGUGACACACAUGCUCCAGAGAAAAGGGCGUCCCUCGCUCCAGUAGUCGCUUCCUUCGAUCCUGUACUUGUCGCUGUGUUUUCCAAAGCGAGGGAUGCAGCUCCCGGAGAAGACGUGCACGAUGUGAGGACGCGCUGCCGUUGUACACACGCGCGCAUUGGAAGCAUCGAGCAGCGCCCCGCGAAGGACCAAGAGAGAGAUAGAACGAGACGACGAGUGCGCGAGAGAGACAGACUCUCUCUCUCUCUCUCUCUCUCGCUAUUCACGGCUGCUGCGGGAGGCGCGCGUAGAGGUUAAGGACAGGAGGGGAAAAUGGCAACGGCGAGCCGCCGUCGCUGCUGCAGCCGGCGGCCACGAGAGCCGGAAGCUACUACCUGCACCGAGUGAUAACCAUUAAUCCACGACUUUUUUCCCCUCUAUCUGUCUCUCUCUCUCUCUCUAUCUCUAUCUCUAUCCGAUCGUAUCCCGAGCUGGUAGAACGAACAGAUCUCUCUCGAUACGGAUAAGGGAAGACGCAGCGUUUCGCGAGAGACAUCGUCUCAAGGCAGGAUGGAGCACCGCAGGCUACUCUGCGCAGCGCUGAUCUUCGUCGCCGUCGCCACUGAUGUGGCGGCGUCGGUGGAGGUGCACUUCGAGAGCAAGGACGGCGGCUUCUUUCUGAAGCACAGUCCCCGUCAGUUCUACCCGUCGAACAUGCGCCCGGAGCUGAGUCUCUCGGCAGGAUCACCUUCGUCGACACCAGCGUCCACCUCGUCUCAGGGCUCGUCGGUGCUGUCGGUCGACAAGUUCACCGUCUUCCAGACGAGCGAGCCCGUCUCGGUACGAGCGACCUACGGACCCUUCAGUACCAAACAGACGGUACCGGCCAGGUACAUCGUGCCCGACCCUCUGGACGCCCUGCCUGUGCCCAGCUUCGAUGGCAAGAAGAAUACCAGUGGUCUCGCCGGACCUGCCCUGCUGGAGGUCCAGGAACUCGGAGCCAGGCAUCUCGACAUGUCUGCUCACAUCGUGAGCACGAGCAUACCACGGGAUUCCCCAGUACUCCGAGUGCUUUUCCACGCUGGCAGCGAGGCUACGGGUCGACGUCAGCUCCUGCUGGGUCGUCAACAGCGAGUUUGCGUGUUGCUCCACGCGACUCCGAGUGUACCACCGAGUCGUGGCACAGGUGAUGCCACGGGACCUGAGAGCUUGAUCAGCGGACCCCUUACGGCUGCCUGUAGUCCCGACGGCCAGGAUGGAGUCUGCCUCGCACAGAUCACCAUACCUGCGAGCUGGUGGCCGGCUCUACCACCGCCUGAUACUGGACGCGUUAAGCCUGUUAAGACCCUGCCACGAGUCGUCCAAUUAGCCUACUCGGUUCUGGAGCCUCGCAGUGCCGACGAGUCCGGAGCCUCUGGCCUCGAGGGUGGCUCGGCCUCCUUUUGCCAGCCGAAGGUGCAGAUCCAACCGGUGACACCUCUGGGUCAGGUGACCCUCGCCCCCAACCGGGCCACCUACAAGGAGCUCAAGACCGACGAGUACCUGACGCUUCUGGUGCCACAUGGGCCGCUCUAUCCCAGGUCCAGGCUGCACAUCCCAGUCUUCCUGCAGUCGCACUCGUCCAAACAGGCCAGCCAGGGAAGGCCACCCGUUGCCGCCGUUGUUCUGAGAGCUCGAGUCAAGGCAGGAGUGAAGAUUCUGGACGCCUCGACCAGCAGUCCCGAUUGGAUCGUCGAGUCGGACAUCAACACAAAGAACACGGCGGCCACCUUCACCGCGAGACGCAAGGAAAAUGUUUCACGGCUUCCCAAUGCUUCGGCGGAGGAGAUAAUGACGAUGCUGCUGGAGGCGAGCGAGGAGAGCACGGAGAGCAAGGAGCACGGCGGAGGUCGAAUCGUCUGGAGCGUGCGCUACGCCCUCGAGGGUGAGGAGGACAACGUCUCGCUGUCCGGGCCGUUUCAGGCGACGCAGCAGCAACACAGCCACCACCACCACAACGCCGCAGGCGAGCGCAAGAAGUUACAGGCUCAUCUCGAGAUUCAGAAGGAUGACAUCCAAGCUGUUCUGCCUAUUUCCAAGAACUGGGAAGUAAUGAAUACUGCGGUGCUCACGGGCAGACAAAUUUCGCAAGCAAUGAAAGUGUUUAUCGUGAGCCAGGCUGGCACGGUGGCUGAUGUCACGCUUCAAUCUUCUUGUCAUUCCGAGGACGAGAGCGUACUUAAGGUCUCAUCCUCCUGCAGUAGUGUUUACGUAGACGGCUCGGAAAUUCGUGGCUCCAGCAACGCCUCGGUCCUUGUUAAGUACGGCACGUACACGGGGCUGGCUCGUUUUACCGUUUGGAUGCCCGAAUUCCCGCUCGAGGUCUCGGUAACCGACACCCGACUCAAUCAGAUCAAAGGCUGGAAGGUGCCCGAGGAACACACCCUCGCUAAGAACAAGCGCAGCCUCAACGUCACCGAUAAGCAGCAACAGCAAGAGAAGCCGAAGAAAAGGAGCGCUGCGAGUGAAGCCGUUGACAAGGAGGAGGAGCUGGAUUACGAAGAAGGAGAGGAAGAUGAGGAAGACGAGGAAGACGGAGAGGAGCUUGGAGAAGGCAAGAUGAGGUUCCGUAGCGGUGACAAGUGGGACGAAAUCAAUUCCAUCGAUCGCACUAGCUCCUCUGCUAGCUGCAAACUGAGGUUCCAGCAAAGCCCUGUAGAGGUACACGCUCGCUUCCUCGCAGCAGAUCACGACUCCGGCCGUGUCUCGUAUUUCGUGAAUCGCCGUACCUGGCUACGCGUGACUGACCUAGUGGCCGGUUUGAUCCGAGUCUCCGACCCACGUAUAGCCACUCUUAUCCAAGGUAGGCUAGUGCAGGGUCGUGGCAUAGGUCGUACCGAGGUCCAGGUACUCUCGCCCAUCACAGGCCGUGUCAUCGGCGCCAAAGAAGUGCGAGUUGGCAACGAUCGCGUCGCCGUGUCGCAGUUGUCCGUCAAGGUUGUCUCCGGACUGCAGCUCACCAUCAGCCCCGAUAGCGCUAUUGAGAACGGUUAUGUUGCUGAGACCUCGGUCACGAGAAAACUUACUGCGCAAUACCAAGAAGGACUGUUGGAUAUCGAUAUUGAGUUUUCCGAUGGGUCAAGGACGCCGCUUAGAGAGAUAGCUGUGAGCGAUUAUCAACUAGUAGUAGAGAGCCUGGACCCAGAAGUGGUAGCCUUCGCUCCGAUGGUCGCUUCUCAUCAUCCACGAGUGAUCGCGGUCGGCGAAGGUCGAGGUGACUUACUGCGCAUCAGCCUUCAGCUAGCGGACGUUUGCCGACUGGCUGGCGCCCGACGUUCCAAGGCGCCGCCAGGUCGAGCUGCUGCGGCGCUGCCUCUGGCCACCGCAUCGGCUAACGUCGAGGUCGACUUCGCCUCCAGUGAUUUGCCUAACCGACCCGAGUUUGUGCAGAACGACGGUGGUGGAAAUUUGGGACUCGGAGCACAUCAUCGCGAGCGCAAGACUGGGAGGGACGUCGCACCAGAUUUGCACGACAUCUUAAUCGCUUCGAAACUUUCAGGAGGCAUGGGAGGCGUGGGCAUACGUCACAACGGCGGCGCUCGCAUGACGCCCCUGGAGAUCGGCAUGUACGUUCUGCUGGCAGCCUUCUGCUUUGCCAUCGUCGUCUUCGUCGUCUCGUGCGUCGUCUAUGCGAGCAAGUUCAAGCCCCAGCCCUCGGAGAACGGAAGCAGUGGAACUGGUCUGACAGCUGGACUACCGGUGCUUGGAGCCGCGAGAGCAGCUGCGAGUCAGUUCAGCCAAAACCGCAACAGGCCCAGGGAGUCGACGACCAACGCUCACGACUGGGUCUGGCUGGGAAGGGCGACGCUUGAGAGAGCCGCCUGCGCACCGCCUCAGGUGAGAGUGACGAGCAACCCGUUGGCGAACGAGCCCGAAGACGAGACAAUGGACCUGGGCACGAGUUUCGACAACCCGAACCACGUAGAGCUGCCCUCGACGGGCGUCCGCUCGAGCAUAGCCUCGUCUGGGGCCAUCGACACGACGACCUACUGCAAGCGAGACAGAACGCCGCGCAGUUGCUCCAACGGCAAGGGCAAGCAGUUGGCGUCGACACCUGCACAACGAAACGACUUCAUCAACGCCUGUUUGUCGACGUUUAGCAACGACAAUGCGCCGCCUCCACUACCGCCGCACAAGGCUACAGUGAGUAGCAGCGGCCAGGACAACGGUAACGAGGACUACAAGCCACCGGUACCGCCGCACCGCAACACAGGGGCUCUGGCUCGACUACCCGAGACGCCUAAGCGUCGACACCAUCAUCAACGCGCCAACAGUAGCGGCGAGCACGUGGCUAACAGCAGGCGACAACAGCAGCGUGAGGCUAGUCCAGGCAAACAGCAUCAUCAUCAUCGGCCUGGCAAGUCCAGGAGUGGAUCCAAGAACAGCGGCAACCACGGAUCCUCGGUUGAGGCGAGCAAGGAGAACAAUAGUAAUGCGGAUGUUGCAUUUGUUGAGGUACGCAGCAGGGACGCGGACUCGCGAGGCAAGAGGGCGCGAUCGCGUGAGAUUAAGCGCGCCACAGUGGUCGGCAACCCAAUGUUCUCCUCCUCGUCGUCCAAUUCGUCGAGCUCGUCGACGCACGGCGAUCAGCACGACGAACAGCAACUGACGCAACAGCCCACGCAGCAACAGCCGACGACGACAGUCUCUUCUGCUGGGCUCGACGACCUGAACCUCGGCAUGGAUUACAACCAGAUUAUGCAGUACUUUGACAACCUCAAGGAGUCGAACGCCUAGGACAGGCCCGAAGGCAGCCCCGAGAGCCGCCGCCGCAGCCGCAGCAACAAACGCAGCAGUCUACGCUUCUUCUUCAGCAGCUCGCCACAACAGUCGCAGUAUGAGCAGUACGAGCAGCAGCCGUAGUAGACUCGUUGGGCUCGUCUAAUGCCGGAAGCUUGGGUGUUGUCCUUGAUGACGCGCAGAUCCAGCAGUCACUCUUAUCACCGCUUAAACGGAGAACCGCACUGAAAUCCACGUCGAUGAAUCUCGAAACCAUGUGUUUGUAAAAUCGAAUUAUUCAUGGACUGACGAAAGUCAUUGGUUUUUCAGAAAUCCAUGUAUGUACAUGAUUUACUUGAUAAUAGGUGCGGCUAUUCUACGUGAAGCGAUUUUGUCGAGUCUGCGUGAAAUUUGUUUUCUUCUUCCUUGUACGAACAAGUACGAGCUUUUCCGAAGUAUACAGAUUUCACGCGGAUUUGACGUGGAAUUCAGAAAGUUCCAAACGAAUUGUCAAUACAUUUACGAUUCAUACUGAAAUAUGAGUGCUAGUGCUGUGUAGUUAGAGAACAAGUGCAACGGAAGUAUCGUAAGAACUAUAUACAAAUACGUGCUUCUUCGUUGCACGGAUUUUGCGCAAUCUUUCGGCUCGUAUAAAACGGCAUAAUGUAUUCAGCAAAGCUUCACGACUAUAAGGUACAUACUACAUUUUUAGGCUUCGACAGAGCUAAAAAAGAGAGUUUGGAUACCGGAGUUUCGAGUGCAGACCUCAACGCGUUCCUUCAUCGACGAAACGUAUGUCUCCGAGUGCAGGAGAGUGCGAAGAAAAACGAACGUUGAAUGAAAGAGCAAUAAAUGGUUAGGAGAUACCCAACGAGUCUAUAGCAAACCGGAUGGCAGACGAGAUACCGAUCCGACUGUCGCGAGUUAUUAUUAUUCUAGUCAGCUUCAAUAGGGCAACGCAUGAAACUUAAAAGAUUAAACAAAGGAUUAAUGAGUAAAACUUAGUAUUCGCAUCGAGAAGAUACACACAAAGACACGUAUGCGCGCAUUUAAUUAACACGCUCACGCUCUUACACACGAGUACGUAUAUAUAAAUAUAAAUAUAUUUACAUAUAAAAUUUUAGUGGAGACUGAGUGAAUAUUGCUUUUUUACGGAGAAAAAGAUCCUUUAUUCUCGGGCGCAUGUCUAUAUAUACAUAUUGUAACGCUGUACUUUUAAGAUUCAGGACUUUUUGUAAAGCGAAUAAGUACGAGUCAGUUCAAACUAGCACAAAUGUCGCCAGUUAGGUUCUUCGUUUUGUUCACUAGUUUUCGUUUUUGUACAAUGGUGUUGUUGUUGUGAGAUAUUUUGUUCUUAUUAUUUAUUUUUUGUGUAUAUUCUAUGUACUGCGAUGUAUAGAUCGCAAACCGCGUCUUGUACAACUUCAAUUGCAAACGGUUUAUCGACAGUUUAAAAAAAAUUGAUUGUAUAUAAUUUGAAUUUAAACGACCAUAAAUAUUACAAGUCCUAGAUAGAAGGGGAAACCCCAGUGUGCUAAUCUUAAAGACGACUCCAUACGCACGAACUCAGUCUCCUUAUAAUCGAAAGGAGGCUAAAGAAGAAAAUUAACGCCGAAAUAAGAUUCACCGAACGGGGAUAAGUCCGGUAAAUUAUAUUUCAACGUUUUUUACACACGUCUAUAGCCACAUAGUCACUGUUCAACUACGGGCGUUAUCGUUAUAUAGACUAACGUUACAAGCGAAAAUAUACUUUUUGUCUCGUUUUAAUGUUCUUUGAAAUCUCCUGCGUAUUAGAUCGCGAGUCACACCUCAACGUACGAUAGAGAAACGCAUCACAGUAUUAACAGAAAACAUUCAUGUAAGGUUCUCUGCCGCAUUAAAUAGCUGAGAGUAGUGAAAGGGGAAAAAUGAGAGGAAUGAUCGCGUGUUACGAUAUGAGCGCGGAAUUUCUUCUUUUUCGUUUGCACUCGUAGUCAGACUUGAAAGGACAGUAAUGAAAAGAAGAUUGAUGCGCAUCUCGUUGGCUCUUCAACGUGCACGAUGUACUUGUAAAAUUAACUUAUCCUACCGUAGCUUUUUCAACUGCAAAAGUUCCAUUGUCUGUCCUUUUAGACUGGUGCUGGACACCUAGUGAAUACUUUGUACAAAAGUCUAUGUUUAACUUACAGCAUAAUUUUUAUUUAUCUUAAAUAUACUUUUUUCUAGUAAGUGCCAUAUAUUUUUUUAUUCAAAGAAUUUCUUUUUAAUUGUUAUAGUUUUUAAAAUAAAAUACUUGAUGACUGCUACUUUAAGUGGAAAAUAAAUGUCGCAAAGUAUUAACUAGUGUUCGGUACUGUCGCAUUACCUAAACACUUUUAUAAAUGCCCACGUUUUACCUAAACUCUUCAAGCUUGUGACAUCGAUUUUUUACGAAAAAUGAAACUACGAGAUCUAUAUACAAUAUGCAUCUUCGUCAAGCUCGUGUAUCUUUGCACUGCGCUCGGCCGCAAUGUCGCACUGCCUCUUUCUCGCUCUCUAUACAAAAUAAAAAUGACUUGUCUUGAGCAUCAACUGAAAAACUAUCGACGAAACGAUGAUUUAAUUCGCGCUGUGAUGUCAAAUUCUUUAAGCUCAAACUUUAUACUAUUAAUACGUUGGUCUCGAAACGAUAAUUAGGAGGCUCUGAUUGGCAGUGCGAUAGCAGACGGAAACUGAAAAAGCAAAGAUGAGAUUACGUGCUUUCCUUUUGAAAGAAGAACAAAACGCCUAAAGCAGUUGCGCGUUCGCGUUCGAGGUUCACUAGUGCUCUCGUUCGACGAUGAUAUUACACAUUAUAUAAUCUGCCGUGCGUUGUGAUGUUUGUAAAUUUUUGCUUUAUAAGACUGUGUAUAUACAUAUAUAUAUUAUACAUAUAUAUUAUAUAUAUAUAUAUCACGCGAGGAUCAUUGAGAUUGUAAUACGAGGAGACUCGCGCGUUGAAUUCUCGAAGACUCCUAAUAACUGCAGUACUCGUCGCUUGGACACAACAAAUUUCGGAAAGACAAGCAAAUUAUUUCGGCUUUCUUUCGCGCGACACGGAAGCAUCUUUCGUAUCUUUUGCAAAUUUAGUUUCGACGAUGUAUAGGCAGUUGUUAGAAGCUUAAACGCAAAGCAGAACCUUGUAUCGAUUGUCACUCGAAAGCGAAGUAAAAAAACUUGUAGUGAUUGAGUCAAUGACCAUCCGUGGUAAACUGGUAAACUGCAUAAUAUAAUUAACGAUAAUUAUCCUCUAAUAGCUAUAUAAAAGUAUGUCUUCCGCACCGUUGACGAUUCAUGACUCCUCACAUCGUGAGCAUAUAAUAUCAUGACACUUGAGUGGUAUUUGUGCGACUCCUGUUAUGGCAUUGCUUGUCUAUUAUACACGAAAAUCCACACCUUUUUGCAUGUGCACCCAAACGUUACGGCCAUAUGUAAAUUGAAUCUGUCGAGAGCAUGGAAUCUUUCGAGAGCCACAAGUGAAAUUGUAAAUCAUUCGAGCAUAAAGAUUAUCCAGGAAAGAUGUAAAAGGGCUUCCGAUCUGGCGAAAUUCCAAGUCGAAUCAAGAAUGCAUCUCGAAAGGUCGGCAUCGACAGAUUCAACAGGCUAAGCGAUUGUAAAACGCUUAAGAAUUAAAAGCACCAUCGCGCGAAAAUGCUACAACUAAAUUUCAUCGCCGCGAUACUUUUGUAAAAUUCAGCAUAUCGGCUUGGCGAAGCGAGCAGUUUCGUUGAGCGAGAGAAAAGAAAAAGAUAACUAGAUAGCGCAGAGUGUGAGAAAUAUAUAUUAGCCCGCUAUACCCCCGCCUCGCCUCCCCCAGAGUCGAUUAUUUUUGCGCAGCGCGUGGUAAGAGAGGGAGAGUAUUAGGAGAAAAGUUUAGCGAACGAACGCACAGGGCGAUUUCUAUCCAGAUGAUGUAGGAAGCGUGUGGCGAUGACGGCAGCAGCAGCAGCAAGAAUUCGUGCGUGUACUCGUGAAGAUAUAUCAUUUUGUAUGAGAGCCAUGAAUUCUGUGUGUUCAGCACGCCCAUAUUUUAAGUUGUAUUUGCUCGCCUUUAACGUCGAGCAAAGAAGUUGUAGAUCAUUUGAGCAAAUAAUGUACGACACGUGAUUUUUUUUAACGAUUUUCGACGAUUCGAGAAAAUGAUAUUUUUGGUUCCGAUGAAAAUUGACAAAAAAUCGUGCCAUCGUUAAUUUUAAUGGAAUUGAAUGUAACGAAUCAAGUAGAAUCAUUCGAGAGAGAAAAUUAAUACAUUGAGGGAAAAACUGCUCUAACUGAAAGAGUUCUUUGAUGUAUCUAAAUUAAUUUUCUGUGUAUUUAUUAAUUUUAGGCGUACGCAUAAGUUGCGAGUAUAUCGCAAGCAUCCCUCGAAGACUCUUGUAUCACAGUGUUUGAUUUUUUUGUAAAUUUUUAAUUGUACAUAUACAGAUCAAUGCGUCAUAUUGAGAAAAUUGCUAAGAGUAUUUCUUUCUCGUUCAAGCGCGCGAGCGCGUACUGAUAUAUAUUGUAUUUUCAUUUGUACAAACGACCAAUUUUACUGAGAAGUUAUAGCUUACUUAUACGAUAUAUUAGAUUUUACGCUAAAGCAGUAUAAGGUGCGAUUUUACGUAAUCGACGAUGCCACCAUUCGAAGAUUCGACCAAAUUUAUGAACGAACUCGAUACAUUUGAAUCACAAAUUUAAGGCAAUUCGUUCAGUAUCUUUUACGUAUAUUUUCUGUCGCCAAAUUGUUCCGCAAUUCACAAUGUUAAAUAUUAACACUAAUCUCGUUCAACUUUGUAUUACGUUAUAGUUUAUUUACGUAUGUUAUUUUCUUGUACGUAUUAGGAUUCUCCCUCCGACGUUUGAUUCUAUAGAGUCAAAGGCAGCACUUAGAAAAUAAAAAUAAUUCGUAUAUACAUACUGACAUCACACUUUUCAUUUGUGCAUAAUUCAUAUCAAAUUGUCACGCGAUCUUUUUCGAAGAUGAAAGAGAGUCGAACUGCUGAUCGAUUAUUAUAUAGUUCGUACGCAUAUUGACGGAUAGCAGAAAGCUUGAUAUACUGUGCAUCGAGCCGAAGUCGACGUGAAAACUCGUCUUCGACCUCGUAAAGAUACACCGCUUACAAAUUCCAUGAGAGACAAAUAAACGCGUUUCUAAUAGUUAACGAAAACAAAUAUAAAUAUAUAUUAUACAUGAGACUCUAGUCCCGCAGCAGAAGCAGCAGCAAGUAUCAUGUGCGGCGAGCGACACGUUGCCGUCCGCUAUCGCGCGAUUUCAUAUACAUAUUAAUGAUUAAUAAAUGAAAUUUAAGAAUGAGAGGAAUGGAAAAAUAAAUAUAAAGAACAAAGUAAUAAUUAACAAACAAAAAAAAAUGACUAUAUGGUAGAUCGCAGUGUCGUUGUAGUGCGCACCUUUAUGUUUUGCUAAUCGUAGAGAGUUGUACGGCAGCUCGUUAUACAUACAUAUAUAUAUAUUUAUGAGACGAGAAAACCAAGAAGUUCUCCUUUCGCAUACAUGUACGUACCGCGACCUUUUGUAAUUAAUUUCUUGCGUUAGCGUAUCUGUAUUAUUAUUAUUAUUAUUAUUAUGAGCAUUAUUAUUAUACUAUUAUUAUUACAUUAUUAUUACUUUGUAUAUAUUGGAGAAUCUAUUUUUUUGUCUGUCACGUGAAGAAAAGUAUGGAUUGUAUACAUUAUGAUACUCAUUCCUUUUGACAUAAUUUGAGGGCUUACCGUACAGUGAAAUCUAGAAACCGAGAUAAUCGAUAUUUUGUUUUUCUUUAUUUCUUCUACUCUUUAGUUAUAUACACGUAUUAAACACCAAAAUUCAACGUAAUGAAAAAAUCAGUUUUUUUUUUUAAAUUUGUUCUCUUAGUAAAAGCUUAAUUGGGUAAAGUAUAUUUUUGUAAAAAGUGAACAAACGUAAAAAUGAAGAAAUCUAUAUGAAUUGUAAAUAUAUUUGUGUUUAAUCAUUUGAUCGACCAACUUACUGUGUAAGUAUGAAAAGACAAAAGAAAAAUGAACAACCGUGUGGUUAUAAGAAAAAGUAAAGAUCGAACAAAUUGAAUUUCAUUCUACGGUAUGAUCCUUGAAAGCAGUUGAUACUUUUGCGCUUAUAAAAUGUGUGGAGAGAGGGAUAUUUUCCACGAACAAUUAGACGAUGAUGAUUGAGAGACUGCUUAGCAGCAGUAAGUGCGUCGAGAGGGCCUUCUAUUAUAUCCUGACAAUGUAAAAGAGACAUAUCGUUACAUGAAUUUAAGUAGCGACGACGUAUGUAAUUUUUUUUUUCACCAAGCAAAACUCUGCUCGCAAGCAUAACACAAAUCUUUUUUCUGUACAUCUCAUUCCUCUUCUAGAGUCGUCGCGCGACUCCAAGUCGAUAGAAUGAUUGCGUUUGCUUUCACAGACGUUCUUCGCUCUUCAAUUACAGAAGAAUUAAGACGAGCAUAAAGUAGGCACUCAUUCUAUCGACUGUUUGAAUCGCCGAACAAGAGGAGAAAAUUAAAGCAGUUUAAAGGUCGCGUACGAAUUUUCCCCACAUUCUUCUAUCGACGCUCGAUCCUUUAUAAUUAAAGAGAAAAAAAAAUCGAGAGAAUAUAUAGCUAGCGUUAAGAAGCACGAGCAUAUCGAGGGAUGAAACUCGAGCGAGACGAUAAUAAGAAAAAAGAAAGAGAAGACUAAUUUAAUCAUUCCUUCGACGCGACCAGUCGCGUGCUAUACCUAAUAAAAGUAAGCGAGAAAACAAGAUAAAUAAAUAAUGAUAAACAGACAAAAAAAAGAAUACACGAAUCCAAAAAAGCAGCAAUUAUCGAUAUGCUAUUUCAAUGCGCCGGAAAUAAUAAGAAUGUCGAAGACAGCGACGACGACCUUAUAAACACGCCACGCGCGCUUUCCUCUUCUGUCCUCUCAUAUGCGCUCGUCUCCCUUUCGCUCCCAUUACGAGAGAUCUUUGUUAUCGUUGAAUAGUACAAUUUUCGAUCUUAACCGAUCGCCAUUGAUCAUCGCUGUCGUUGCGCCACAUUUAGGUAUAAUAUAUUAUAUAUACAUUAUAUAUAAAUGAAUCGUGUAUUAGCCAUCGCCCUGCCAUCAUCUAUCUCGAUCCUUAUAUAUUUGCGUCGUCGUCGCUGUUAUCGUAGCUGAAAAUCGUCACUAAAUAUUAAGGUACGACUAUUGCCUACUCAAUGUACAAUAUGUAGUAUUUACCUGUUGUUACCACCGAACCGUCGUCAAAGAUAUAUAAAAUAUUGUCAUUGUAUCAUAAAA